GGAGCUCUCAAAAGCCCACAACGAACAUGGCUGCUGCAGUCAGGAUGAGGACGUGGAGCUGUCCGACCACAGGAGUUUUCUAUCCAUGGGCAGUCGUUUUUGUAGUUUUACUUAGCACCAUAAACGCGGUCGUCGCAGCGCCAGAGAGAGGGCUUUGGAAAAUCACAGUCGUAAAUACCUCAAGACCACUGCUGUUAAAGAAAUCAAUGUACAAAGACACUGACAUCGAAAUGAAAGUUGUGUCCCCUGGCUGUCCUGAGGAGGUUACAUUCACUAUUCACUGGUAUUUAAAAUACUACCCCUGUCACAAUGAAUUCAACAAUGUCGAAGAGAUGUAUGAGAAAACGGCCUUGAGUCGUGGAGGGAGCCUGGAUCCAAAUCCCCUUGGACAAGGAGAGUACAUCGAACACCAACACAGUCCCAUACCAUGUAACAGUGGAGUGCACUCUUUUCCAAUUCUCAAAAAAGCCAAGGCAGACCCACAACCAGUCAGUCCGCCUGUUGAAGGGGAAGUGCCAGAUGAAAGUGACACCAAAGGGAUAAUGGAGGAGUACGACAACAGCAGUUUACAUAUCAGAGACAAUGUCAUAGCCACCACGUGGAAGGACGGACCUUACUUGCUGGUUGUUAAGAUUGUGUCUAGUAAACAGGAUGCCAACUGGAAUUUAACGGUUAAUGUGGUGAUGAAAGGCAGCCAUGGUUACAUUUCUAUCACAGAAUGGCCUCUCAUGAUUUUCUACAUGGUGAUGUGCAUAGUGUACAUCCUGUACGCCCUGCUGUGGUUUAUCUGGGCAGCGUGCUACUGGAAGGAUCUGCUGCGGAUCCAAUUCUGGAUAGCAGGGGUCAUAUUCCUCGGGAUGGUGGAGAAGGCCGUCUUCUGUGCCGAAUAUGAAAACACCAACACGUUCGGCUCUGCUUCUCCAGGCUUGUUGGUCUUCGCCGAGCUGGUCUCUGCCCUCAAGAGAACUUUGGCUCGAUUGCUCGUCAUCAUCGUCAGCCUCGGUUAUGGCAUUGUAAAGCCUCGACUGGGGACCGUAAUGCACAGAGUUGUGGGGCUCGGCAUCCUCUACUUUGCCUUCGCGAGCAUUGAAGGUGUCCUGAGGAUUACUGGGGCGAAAGACUCUGAUUUGGCCCUGCUGGCCAGCAUUCCCCUGGCUCUGCUUGACUCCUCUCUAUGCUGGUGGAUCUUUGUCAGCCUGGCACAAACCAUCAAGACUCUAAAGCUGAGAAGAAACCCAGUCAAGUUGUCUCUGUACAGGCACUUUACAAACACACUAAUAUUUGCUGUUGCUGCUUCCAUCAUUUUCAUGGGUUGGAUAGCAAAAAAGUUUCGGCUAGCAGAUUGCCAAUCUGAUUGGAUUGAGCUGUGGGUGGAAGAUGCUUUCUGGAGGUUCCUGUUCUCGGCCAUUCUGCUUGUCAUAAUGUUUUUAUGGAGACCAUCUGCAAACAACCAAAGGUAUGCUUUCACACCUCUCAUUGAUGACUCUGACGAUGAGGAGAUUGAGGAGUUCGUCACCUCUACAAACAUUGCUGAUGGCAUAAAGUUGAGAACAUCUAAAAGUGAGACGAAUGGCACAGUGAAGCCUGCUGAAACAAACCCAGAGGAUGACUUGAAGUGGGUGGAGGAUAACAUUCCUAGCUCUCUUACUGAUGUAGCUCUACCAGUCCUGCUCGACUCAGAUGAGGAAAUCAUGACAACCAGAUAUGAGAUGUCAAAGCUGGAGUGAGGCAAAGAAUUUCGCCAUUGGCUGACAUGGAGGAAGACCACAGCCGCUGUCCCUGACUCUGCAGUAGGGUUUUCUCCAGGAUUUCCGGUCGGGUGGUGGUGGUGGUGGUGUGCCAUUUAAUUUUGCAGGGGAUCUUCCAGUAUGGUUGCUACUUCCAAGGGUGAAGCAGGCCGUAAUUUAGGGUGACCUCUGCUCAUCUCCUCAUCUUAAGAGCAAAGGACUCGACCAGAGGAAAACUGUCUUUUCACUGACCAACUGGUUCACUAUUUUCCUGAUAUAAUCAGUUUUGAGCCUUUCUUUCCAAAGAGAAUGUUUCAUUUUAUAUUAAGUGCUGUAUUUAUUUCUGUUAUGUUCAUGUGAAUUUAUUUUAUCGGAGAAUUAAGAACAGUGGGCCUCAUCCAUGAACAUACUCUUAAAUAUACUUUAAAAGACUAAAAGGGUCUUUUUCAGGGUAUCUAGAUAUUAUAAGGCUGGUUGUAUUAAAAUGCUUAUUUAUGAUGGAAAAAUAUUUGAACAGCCCUUUUUUCCCAGUAAUUAACACUAAUAAUGAUUGAUCAUAGCUAGUUUUGCCACCAAGAGAGACAUCAUUUAAUUUCAAUGUGUUUAUUAAUUCAUUUCAACCAGGAUCUUUAUGAAAUUGUGAAGUUUGCAAAAGUUAAGGAAUUCAGUAAAAAGUAUGUAUUUUUUAUGUGACAGUGAAUGUCUGAAGUAGCUUUUUUUGUUGCCUGCAUAUAAAUCCGAGACAGGAAAACAUUUAAGAAUUCCAACACAAUGAUUUUAAGUAGAACAUUUGCUCUUACGCACUUUGAAGAUUGAAGCUACAUGUAGUUCUUGUAUGAGGCCUAAUCUGUUGAGGUAAUUGAGAACAAUAUGUAUGAAGGUAUCGUUUAUGUCUCAGAUUGAAACCACCCAGCAUCCUCAGUAUUGGUGAGUGAAUGGGUGUGAGAGGGACAAAGCACAAACAAGUGAUUUGUACAUUUUGAAUUUAAAUGUAACUGGGUUCAGUCUUGUUGAAUUGGGGUCGGCAGUCAUGCUUUAAGUCUACUGUAUGUGUGUGUGGGUGGGCUUCGUGUCCUCGGAAAUAAGGAGCAAUAUACUGUAUGUAUGUUAAUAUGGAGUUCAUUAUUUAUUUGUUUCAAGUGUACUUAUAAUUUGUUAAACCGUGUGUUCACCCAAGUUUACUCUAAAUUGUGUUUACAAUGUGUGCUUCCAUAUUUGUAAUGAGUUGGACCCUAAACAAUCUCACAAUGUGUGAGGCAAACUGCAGUUUGUUUCUUAUUUCUUCGCAUUGUUUGCCUUCCUUGCUGAUAAAAUCAUUGUGUUGGUUUCACAGACACAUUAAUAACAUUCAUGUUCUUUAAAGAAGUCUUAAUGUUUAUUUUUUGGUUGUUUUUGAAAUUGGUUGCCCUGGUGUUUUUGUCAGUGUAGCUUUUGGAGUUGGGGCACUGUCUUCAUGUGUGUUGUCUUGAGUCAGUGUAACAGCAGGACUUGUAAUCUUGUCUGUCUAGGUCAUCCCUUAUUAUGACACAUUCGUUGUGUGGUUAGCACAAGCACAAGCUGAUCACUUUGGUUUAUAAUGUCACUGUUCCUUUCUUUUGGGGUUGGAAACCUGGAAUUACUGUGCUUAUGAUGGCAAGCUGUCCUGUUAUAUAAAACUGCAGACACCUGCAGUGGACCUCAAUUAUUUGUACAGAUGGGUUUUGACUGAUUCCUGUUAUUUCAUAAUUCCACAGGUUGAGAGGUGUCUGGAUAUUAUGACUCUUUUUUUUUUUUUUUUUUCAUGGAUGUCAUGCAGAACCAGGAUUGAACUUUUCAUACCAGCAGUUUUAUUCUCUCUUCCUUCUCAGGAAGUGUGUACACUCGGAUUAAAAAUGAAUCGAAUACUGGAGAAGGGUUACUUCCUGAUCUAUGAUUUUCAGUAUUGAUUUGGUAAUAAAA